UGUUAAUGGAGGAUAUAAAUAUUUGACUGAGCAAGGAUUAGAUUAUUUUCUUGAUUAUAAAAAAUUUAAGGAAAAAUUUGGUGAAAAUGGUCUAGAAAUAUUAUUUGAUGAAACAAAUUUAUGGUUAGAAGAAUCACAUAGAUUGUUUAGAAGCUAUACUAUUUUUUAUUUUAUUGAAUUGUUUAAGGAAAAAUCAAACAAGUUAUAA